UGACUGGCCAGUGAUAUUAGCAGUGCACGUUUGACUUUCGAACGCGAUAACCACGCGGGAAAAAUUAAUAUUGACGUUCGGAAAUUCCGAUGCGAAAUGCGAUGUUUUCCGUUUGCAAAAUGAAAACGUAAUAAAUUAAAUAACAAUAAAACAGUGUAAAUAGGUGAAAGUGGUGUAAAAAAUGUUUUUUUAUUGAUUGUUUUUGAACGAAUUUUUGAUAACUUUUUUUAGUACGAAUAGUGUAGUGAUUUUUUUUUUUAUUUUUUCAAGUGAAAGUGUAUCUAGUAAAGAUGAAGUAUUCACAUUUCUUUGGUGGAUUUUUGGUGUUAUUGGCUGUUUUAAUAGAUAUAGUGCAGCCGCUGUGUGUUCUUGAAUCAGACUUCGGUUUCAAAAUAAACUGCGCCUUCAAAAAGUCUGGACUAUUCAGGGUACGGAACCUUGGAGGAGUCAAAGCUCACGCUAGUAUAGGUUUCAGUCUCGGUGAUGAGCUGGGUUUUGAGCAGUCUCUCACCAACCAGGACCCCAGCAGACGGCGGUCCGUCAGCUUUAAGAAUGGAGCCCCCAACGUACUAGUCGACACAGCGGGCCGUCCGGCUGGGAAGCAGGAAAAACGCGCAAAGCAGAACAGAAUAAUGAUGAGGCCGAUGCCGCCUCCGAGUCGACCCAACCAAGCUGCGAUGGACAAACUCUCUACUCUCCACAGAAGAGUUUCCUCCACCACGCAGCCCGUCGCGCCCGGACCCACUGUAGACUCCCCCUUCAAGCAACCCAUCAUCACAAUGGCGAAACCAAUGCCGAUGGGUGUACCACCUUUCAAACCUUUGCCACCAAAGGAAGACACACUGAAAGUUGUACCUCUAGCGUCUUCGAAGAAGUAUUCUCCCCUUCAAAUACCACAGUCGAAAGGCCCUGCGAUCGCGUACCAAAGUGAGAAUUACAAUUUAUCACCCGAUAGCAUAUCAAAAAUGGUAUCACACAUGACAGCAGUACAGUACCAACCGGCCAAUACACAAACAAGAACAACAAUGCGUACAACAGUCAACCCAUUUCUUCCCAUGCCACCAUCAUCACAAGCUAUAUCUAUCAUACCCGCACCAGUUCUUAAGGAAACUCUUCCACAUACCCACGUUUCAUACAACACUGUUUCUGUUCCUAAAACCGGUCCUCUUUCUAACUUUAUAGACCCAGUUCCUCAUCAAGUCCACGAUCUGGCGAACAACUAUCCAGCGUACAAUACCAAGAAAGUUGACGACUACAACAGUAUAACUGGAUACAGCGAUGAUGUGACGUUGAAGUUCAACAAAGAAGAUAUAAAUGCAAAGAUAGCUGAGAUAGCGAAAGCUGGUAACAUCUCCAUGGAAGCGGUGGAAGCGGCUAUAGCGUUGAGGCAACAGCAGUUGUUGAGCAAGUACGCGAACAUACCCAUGCCGGCCACGACCACAACGACCACGACGACGACAGAACAGCCUCUAGAGGUGUACCAGCUUGAGCCUGAACCAGAGAUUAUAGUAGCGCCUAUACCGCAGAAACCAAAAAGAAAUCCAACAUCAGGCAAAGUGAUGAACGCUCCUCGAGAGUACUACCCAGUCGGGUACGAAAAAAACUUCGACGACCAUUUCCAGUCGAAGGUAGAUUUGCCCGACACCAACUUCCACUGCGGCGACCAGAAAUACUUCCCUGGACUUUAUGGUGAUGAGAAUCUGGGCUGUAUGGUGUUUCACGUAUGCGCCCUCACGGACGACGGGCUGGUCAUGAAGUCGUUCCUCUGCCCGGAGUCCACACUCUUCGACCAGACCAUCCUCAAGUGCAACUGGUGGUUCUACGUAGACUGCAAGAACACCGUCAAACUCUACGACACCAACAUCCCUGUGUCCAAGAGCUACCAGCUCAUGAAAGCCUUGACAUUCUUCUCAUCUUACAAGAAGGAAAUGGAAGAAGGGCAAUCGAUGGAACCAGAAAACGUUGAAGGUAUAAAAGAAGCUAUAACUAUACUUGAAAAUCAAGACUCUAAGCCUGCUGCCAGCGAUGAUAUGCAGAUUGUCACACCACUGCCAGUGAUUGAUGAAAGACACAGUAACAAAAAAGAUUAUUCUAACUUAACUUCACCUGUUUAUAGAGGAACCAGGGAAUAUACUAAUUCAACCGAAAGACGAAAUGUAAGAAGACCUGUGAAACCUCAAGAAGCGGAGGACAUUAAACUUGUUACAGUAAAUGCUGGAUUACACUUUAACAUUACCAAAGAUAACACUGCAAAUAAUACCGAUACAUCUAUAAACAAUUCCACUGAACGCAAACGUAGAAGAAUAGCUUCACGAAAUAAGAACUUUAAUAGCAGAACUACAACUACGACAACUACUAGUACUACAACUACUACUACACAAAAACCCGAAGAAGUAACAACUUCACUCAAGGAAUUGUUGAAACAAGAAAUACAACCAAUGGAAGUUAGUACAACUACAGCAGACGUGAAGCAAGAAAAACUUACAGAUGCAAUUGAUAAUUUAGAACAAAUUGACGCGAGUAUACUGAAAGAAGCUGAAAUUUCUCCUGCAGUGCGUCGGUUCUAUAGAUCUAGUGCGGAAUUGAACAACGCAGACGAUAAAGAAAUAACAAUAGUUAAUAAUGAAAAAAUACAGAUUGUAAGGCCAACACCUGUAUCGCAACUAGUUGGAGAAUAUCCAACGCAAAUAGCUGCUGUAGCAAAAUUAGACGAAGCAGUUUUAGGUAAAUAUAGUCCGAGAUUCAAGAAAGAAGUAAUAGCAAUUGUGACGCCGAGUAAACAUGAAAUAUUUCUAAAUCCCUCUCGAGAUCGAACAUAGUUCACAAAAAAAUAAUUAGUCAAUAACUUUAUCUUUAGUGUCAUAUUAUAGACCUUGUUAACUUAUUUAUUUCUCGGAUACGUAAGCGUUGGCGAAUGUACUGUGGAUUACGUAUUUGCUCAAUUUUUACGUUAGUCUAAUUGAAGUGAUAUUAUGGUGUAUGUUUUUAUAGUUGUUUAGAAUAAAAAUGUUUCCCUAAUCAAA